AUGGCGACGACCUCUGAGAGCACGGCGACAGCCGGUGCAAAGCCAUUUGAUAUUGUCGCAACAUACAAUGAGCUCCUGCGCUCCGAUCCCGAUCUUACCAUGCCCAUUGCCGCCAUUGAAGCUUUGGUCCUUCUUCUCACACAUGAACCCUCAUCCACAAUCUCCGAGACCCUUGAUCUUCUCGCAAAGUCAACCGCCCACCUGAAAAAAGCCAUCCCUAACCCAAUCGGUCUCUCCGCCGGAACGGAUCUCUUCCAACGAUACCUGAUCACCACAUUACAACGACCGGGCCAGCUGGGUCCCGCUGGAGAUUUCAAGGCUAUCCGAACACAUUUGUUAUCAAACGGUCGACUGUUUAUUCGCCGUGCUAAGGAGAGUCGAGAGAAGAUCGCCGCCUUUGGCCGUGGAUUCAUCCGUGAUGGUUGCACAGUACUUACAAAUGGUGGAUCACGAGCUGUAGCAUCGCUACUACAAAAAGCUGCUGAUGAGGAGGGAGGUCCUUCGGCUGUCCGUUUCAAUGUCAUUUACGUUUUGUCAUCGAUCAGCAAGGAUAUCGAGGGUCCCUCUGGGGAACCUGAGGGUAUGGAGACCGUGCGCGCUUUGAGAGCGAAGGGUGUGCCUGUUUCGACGAUCCCCGAGUCGGCAGUCGCAUAUGCACUUGGAAAGGCUGAUAUGGUUAUUGUGGGAGCUGAGGGUGUCGUAGAGAACGGAGGUAUCGUGUCUCGCAUGGGCACUUACCAGAUUGGUAUUCUUGCCAAGGCUAUUGGAAAGCCUUUCUACGUCGUCGCUGAGAGCCACAAGUUCGUUCGUCUCUACCCUCUGGGUCAGUAUGACCUUCCUAUUGAGCAGCGUGUUGUCGAGUUCAAGACCGAGGAGGAUAUUGCGCAACAAAGCGCACAGCAAAAAUCGGUCCAGUCUGAUGCGGACCGCCCGGUGGAGUUGCCGUUGGAAGACUCAGUUGAUUUCACUCCGCCCCAUCUUAUUUCAGCCCUGAUCACUGACAGUGGUGUUUUGACGCCAAGUGCUAAAAUGACCAACCUCUCAUCCGAAUCCCAGAAGCUCCACCAAGCCCCUCUCGACUCACCGUCUUCACCCCGAUGCUCUCCGGAUACCCACAGCCACAGUCCUGGAUCAUGGUCACUGAAGAGACUGCUAAGUGGACACAGUAGCCGCAGAUAUCGCGUCUUGGAGCGGGAGCCGAAUCGGCUGCGAAAACGUGUCAGUUCCUCAUAG